GGACUCUGAGUUGUUAAAAGUUUUGAAAGCGGUGGCAGCCGCGCACUUGGGGAAGGGAAGCCAGCUGGAGGGCGCGCAGCAGCGGAGCCGAAGACCUGCUGAGCAGAACUCCGCCGAGGUUAGAGGCACAAGGCAGGAAUUCUGACGCUCUCAAGAGACCCUUCUCUGCCAGCUUGGCUCAACUGCCCCUACGAUGUGGACCCUGCUCCUCAGGGACCGGGCUGGAGUUUUAAAAUAAAAUGGAUGAUUUGACGUUACUUGAUCUUCUGGAGUGCCCUGUGUGUUUUGAAAAGCUCGACGUCACAGCCAAAGUCCUUCCUUGCCAGCACACCUUCUGCAAACCAUGUCUACAGAGGAUUUUCAAGGCCCACAAGGAGCUGAGGUGUCCAGAAUGCAGGACCCUGGUGUUUUGCAGCAUCGAGGCGCUGCCGGCCAACCUGCUGCUGGUGCGUCUUCUGGAUGGCGUGCGUUCAGGACAGAGCUCCGGGAAAGUGGGCUCCUUCCGCAGGCUGGGCGUGCUAACCUCACAGGACGGCAGAAAAAGCAGGACCAGCCCCAGAGGUCUGCAGGCCAGCCCUUUCCGGCCUGUGCCCAGUAUCAGAAUCCACAUGGACGGGGUGCCUCGAGCCAAGGCCUUAUGCAACUACAGAGGGCUUAAUCCUGGUGACCUGAGGUUCAACAAGGGUGACAUCAUUCUUCUCCGGAAACAGCUUGAUGAGAACUGGUACCAUGGGGAGGUCAAUGGCAUCAGUGGGAUCUUCCCAGUCAGCUCCGUGGAAGUCAUCAAGCAGCUGCCCCUGCCGCCCCCUCUCUGCAGGGCCCUCUACAACUUUGACCUGCGAGACAAGGAUAAGAGUGAGAACCAGGAUUGCCUGACUUUCCUCAAGGAUGAUGUCAUCACUGUGCUCAGCCGAGUGGAUGAGAACUGGGCAGAAGGCAAGUUAGGAGACAAAGUAGGCAUCUUUCCCAUCUUGUUUGUGGAGCCAAACUUCACCGCAAGACAACUUCUAGAGAAGAACAAAGGGCGCCCAUCAUCCCGCACAAAAAACCUGUCCCUGGUGAACUCAUCUUCCAGAGGCAAAGCGACCAACAUGCCCACCCUCCGCAGGGUCCCAGGAUCCAGGAGGAAGGCACCAGGACAGUUUUCCAUCACAACAGCCCUGAACACCCUCAACCGGAUGGUCCACUCUCCUUCAGGGCGCCAUAUGGUGGAGAUCAGCACUCCAGUGCUGAUAAGCUCCAGCAACCCCUCUGUGAUCACCCAGCACAUGGAGAAGGUGGACUUCCCUCCCAGCUCUGCAGCACAGGUCAGCACUUAUCAUCCUGCACCUGCCUCCCCAGGACAUUCCAUGGCCACGGUCAGUCUGCCUGGCUCCCAGCAACACCUCUCCACUAACAUGUUUGUAGCCCUACACUCCUACUCAGCCCAUGGACCUGACGAACUGGACCUGCAAAAGGGAGAAGGCAUCAGGGUCCUGGGGAAGCACCAGGAUGGCUGGCUGAGGGGCAUCUCCUUGGUCACUGGGCGAGUUGGCAUCUUCCCAAACAACUAUGUCAUCCCCAUUUUCAGAAAGACCUCUAGUUUUCCAGAUUCCCGGAACCCUGGUCUCUAUGCCACAUGGACAUUAUCCACCUCCUCUGUGUCCUCCCAAGGCAGCAUUUCAGAAGGUGAUCCCCAGCAAAGCCGUCCCUUCAAAUCCGUCUUUGUGCCCACCACGGUAGUCAACCCUGUGAAGAAUGCAACUGGAAAUUUAGGACAAGGGUCUCUUCGGAAAGGGCGGAGCAGCAUGAGAAAGAAUGGAUCCCUGCAGAGAUCGGUGCAGUCAGGGAUCCCCUCCUUCAUGGUGGGUUCCCUCAGACGCAAUCCCACCAUGGUGGUACAGCCUCAGCAGUUCCAGUUCUACCAGUCUCAGGGGAUCCCGUCCUCCCCAUCAACGGUGGUGGUGGAGAUGGGACCCACACCAACUCCCACUGGGGAGCCUGCCCUCACCUGCGUCAGCAGAGGCAGCGAUGCCAGGAUCCACUCGACAGCCAGUUCAGUCAUCAUGGAAGGCAAGGAAAUCCCCAUCAAGAGUGAGCCUCCGCCAAAACCACCCGCAUCUGCCCCACCAUCAAUCCUGGUGAAACCAGAAAACUCAAGAAAUGGCACCGAAAAGCAAGUUAAAACCGUGAGAUUUCAGAAUUAUAGCCCUCCUCCCACCAAACACUACACUUCCCAUCCCACCUCUGGAAAGCCUGAACAGCCAGUCACCUUCAAGGGGUCCCUGCCCGAAGCAGCCCCUUUGAGCUCAGAGAUGACCAUCCUAUUUGCCCAUCGAAGUGGCUGCCACUCUGGACAGCAGACAGACCUCCGGAGAAAGUCAGCUUUCACCAAGAUCAUGCCUCCAGCAUCCACUGCCUCAGCCACACAGACCGCGUUUCCCAGCAAAUGAAUCUACCGGUGGCUUUUCCUAGACCCCAAAGAGAGCCUGCCUUCGUAGUCAUCUCAACAGAUAUUCUGGAGGAAACAAUCUGCUUGGAAGGAAGCCUCUCAAUGAACAUGUGUUGACCACGUGACAUUCCUCGAACAUCAGGAAUGGAACAGAAAAACCGACUGCCCUCCAAGGGAGGAGGGUAAUAAGAGAGAGAGCAGAUCUGUCUUCACCGCCAGUAUGAACGGGUGGUGGGCAAGGAUGGGGAAAAGCAAGUGAGGCAUGUGCCAUUGCAGGUUAGACUAGGCUGCCACCCCUCCUCUUACUCACUUGUAUUGUCAAAGCCCCAAACUUGGUCUUGUCAAUUUGUCACAGCAUGGCACCUUAUAUGGAUGAAGAGAAGGCUAUCAAAUACCUUCCGGCUGAGUCUGGCCUGUCUCUCCAGCUCAGAUUUAGAGCAACACCAAGGAUACCAUAAUAUUCUCUCUCAGGUGUUCAAUCUGCAGAGGCCAAUAUUUCUUCACAAUGUCCCCUAACCUUUACCCCCUGCUCUGACUCCCCACCAAGUAUCCUAUAUCCCUCUGCCACAUCCUCAUUCUUUUCCAUUCCAAUUACAUUCUGUCCCACCACCCCCCAUAACUUUUGAUGCAGAGGAUGUCUAUUAGAAAAUAGUGGUCAAGGAAAUAAGGACCAUAUACAUAAAGAACCUCAGACAAGAAAAAUCUAUGACAUUUUAAGACAGAUACCAUAGACUGCAAUGCUAUUUCACAAGCUAUUUCAAGUAGAAAGACACAAAAAUCAACUAUAACUGUGCAUCCUCUUAUGUUUAUAAAUAAGUCUCUCUCACACACACACAAAAAAAAAAAAAAAAAAAAAAAACACCAUUAGCCAGACACAGUAAUGCAUGCCUGUAAUCCCAACAAUUCUGGAGGCUGAAACAGGAGGAUCACAACAUCAAGGUCAUCCUCGGCAAUUUAGCAUUUUUAGAUUAUCUAUGUUGACCUGAGAGAGACUUUACAACAGAUAAGUAAAUUCAUAAAUACCUUUAAAUUUUUUUUAACCAUAUCCAUUUUAAUCUCUUCCCUGAUCUAAGGACAGCAAAAUAAGAAUUUCAUUUUUAAAUGCACGAGGUGCCCUAACAGAGAUUUUAAAGGGAUUGCAGCAUCACUGGGAUGUGUUGGUUGUUUUCCAGUUCAGCAUCCUGGUUUUGCACUGACAUCCUCAGCCCUUCAUGCACUCCUGCUUGUAGACAUUUUUACACAUGCUGUUUUUUAAUUGCCAACCAAACCGCCAUCAGAGCAAGGACUGCAUUUAUAGUUACAGAAAUGUUUUCUUCCAUGUGGAACUGUCACGUGCGGAACUUAAACUGGCGCCCAUUUUUUUUUUACUGGGAUGAAUAACUUGGGCUUCUUAACCAUACCCUUCUAGAAGUUAACCACAGGAGAAGGUGAUAAAAAACAACAAGAGGCCCCAAAGUACUGGCAUCUGCUGAGAGGUGGGCGAGAAACCAGGAGGUAUGCGUGAACUCCGGAACAAUAAUUCAAUGAAGACAGCUCCUUCUCACACAUGGUCAAAGACAGUACUGCUGUCAGUCAUUCUUUUUCUCUUGGCUCCUGUGAUCUAAUGUUGGUUGCAAUUUUCUCUGGGAGGAAUUCAGAUUGGCUCCUCCUUAGCCUCAGCAGUGACAGAAACAGAAAUGAGCUUUCAGAUGCCUAGAUCUGUGUUACUACUUCGAGGCCUUAGAGCCCACCUGAAUACAAGUUGUAAUGACUUCAUUUUCCAAGGUUAAGCCAUAGAAUUCCACAGUUGGGAGGAUUUUUAAGCUUGUAAGUGAUAUAUGGAAAGGUUAAGUGCAGGGAAGCUGGGCGUGGUUGUGCACACCUAUAAUCCCAGCAACUUGGGAGGUUGUGGCAGGAGGAUGGCAAGCUCGAGGCCAGCUUCAGCAAUUUAGUGAGACUCUGUCUCAAAGUUAAAAUGUCUGUGGAUGUUGCUCCGUAGUAGAACACCACUGGGUUCAAUACCCAGUACCAAAAAAAAAUCUAGAGAAAACAACAUAAACUUUAAUCACCCGAAGCCACUGACCACAAUGGCUAUUAACAGCCUUGUCUUGAAGACCCUCUUGCCCACAUUUCCAUCUUCAUACACUGGCUUCUGCAAGUCACAAUUGGAGCAACAGGGACUCCACCGCUCCUAAUUUUUACCCAUGCUGUUUUUUAAGUCUGUGGGAAUUCUCUGUGACUCAUAAUAGAGGGUUUCUGAGGGAUUUUGCUUUUCCUUUGAGCCUGUUGAGCCUAUAAAACAAAUACUUUCCUAAACACAAAAGAAAGAAUCUGACUUGUUCCCAGCCAAACCCAGAAGCUUUGAGAAAGCUCCCCAUUUUCUAAAGUCUGCACCUUGAGCACACAGAUUCCAAAGGGUGAGGGGUCAAAAAAUGGUGGGAAUGGCAAAGAAGCAGAGGAAGGUAGAUUUGAAUGAUUACAAUGAUGACCUGAAGCCCAGAAAUUUGCCCUAGAAUAGUUUUCAAACAUGGCAUCUGAGUUUCAUUCAGCUCCAGAAAUUCUUGCUAUUUAUUAUGAUGUUAAGUCAGGGGGAGGUGGUGUUGUCUAGGCAGAAAUGAAGAAAAAAAUGGAUGAGUAGAAAAAUCCACUACUCCACAAACAAAUAUAAGGAGAAAAAAUUGUAUAUUCUUGUGUGUGUGCUUACUUUUUUUUAAGUCCAGUGUUUUUAAUAGACCAAAAGAAAAACUUUAUGGGUUAAUAUGUCUGUGAAUAAUAUUUAAGAAAGGGGUAUAAUGCGUAGCCAUUAUGGAAUGUUGUAUAAAUAAGCCUUAAAUAUACAAAUUAUAUCAACAUAAAAAUUAUUGCACAGGAAAGUGGGCACUUAAAGGACUUCCAGGAUUUUCAUAUCUUUGUUCCAAAAAAUAGAGUUCCAGGGCUGGCAGCUUAUUUCCUUAGUAUAUUCCACUUCAAAGCCGAGAACUUUGGAGAGUUUUUUUGUUUGCUCAUUUGCCAGGUUGGUACAACACUCCACAUGGAUUGCUUUGAAAUGUCCGUUGCGCACAUGUUGGUGUUACCUGCCCACAGGGAAUCAUCAGAGAUUUGUUCCACCUUUACAUCCUGGAAAACCAAAAGAAAUUUUCUAAUAAGAAGAAAAACGUACAGAAGGUGUCUUCAUGGUUGGAUAACUCAGAUUUGUACCACUCAGAACUUGGUGUAAAACUGAGGUCAUGAGCUGCUCCAUACAGAAUUAGUACUGUCUCUAAUGUGAAUUUCCAGUGUUGGAUAAUGUCUCCCCUGGUGGGCGGGAGGGGGCAGGGAACACGUAUUUUUGUCAAAUCAUUUUAUCUUGGCCUUGAUGUGUCCUUCUAGAGGAAACCAGAAAUCCUAAGCCACCUCCCUUCAGGACCCUUCACUACCAUUCGUUUUCAAAGAACUCUACGUAUGAAUUCUGUUUUAUGAUCUGUGAUGCUGUAGUAGACUCAAUGCUUUCAGAGCCCAGAGUUUUACAUGCUUGAGGUUUUGGCUAUAAUGAAGUGCUAAGUAUGCUCUUUUUCCACACGGACUGAUCUGAAGAAGCAAAGGGGAAGGGGGCUGCCUUGCUGGAGAGGUCCAGUCGCAUCCUUCAUCAGCAGAGAAGAAAACUGUGCUAGAGGCCUGUGUAUGAAAUGCCAUCUCCAGGGAGGGGUCAACCAUGUGAGAGUGCAGAGUUUACCAAGGUCUCCUUUGCCAAAAAUGUGUACUGUCCCCAGCUGUGAGCUUGUGGAGCCCGAGAUGUAUUUUAGCAUGAAACAAUAAAAACAGGUUUAUUUUCAUUUAA